AUGAUGAAAAUUAGAGUUUCCUACUAUAUUGGAACCUUGGGGACUCACACCGAGAUCAAGAGAGUGGCAGAAGAAAAGGUCACUUUGCCCUGUCACCAUCAACUGGGGCUUCCAGAAAAAGACACCCUGGAUAUCGAAUGGCUGCUCACCGAUAAUGAAGGGAACCAAAAAGUGGUGAUCACUUACUCCAGCCGUCAUGUCUACAGUAACUUGACUGAGGAGCAGAAGGGCCGAGUGGCCUUUGCUUCCAAUUUCCUGGCAGGAGAUGCUUCCCUGCAGAUUGAGCCUCUGAAGCCCAGUGAUGAGGGCCGCUACAGCUGCAAAGUGAAGAAUUCAGGGCGCUAUGUGUGGAGUCAUGUCAUCUUAAAAGUCUUAGUGAGACCAUCAAAGCCCAAAUGCGAGUUGGAAGGAGAGCUGACAGAAGGAAGUGACGUGACCCUGCAGUGUGAGUCAGCCUCUGGCACAAAGCCCAUCAUGUAUUACUGGCAGCGAAUCCGGGAGAAGGAGGGAGAGGAUGAACAUCUCCCUCCCAAGUCCAGGAUUGACUACAAUAACCCUGGACGUGUUCUGCUACACAAUCUCACCAUGGCGUCCUCUGGGCUCUACCAAUGCACAGCGGGCAAUGAGGCUGGGAAGGAGAGCUGUGUGGUGCGAGUGACUGUACAGUAUGUACAAAGCAUCGGCAUGGUUGCAGGAGCAGUGACGGGAAUGGUGGCUGGAGCUCUGCUGAUUUUCCUCUUGGUAUGGCUGCUGAUCCGGAGGAAAGACAAAGAGAGAUAUGAGGAAGAAGAAAGACCUAAUGAAAUUCGGGAGGAUGCGGAAGCCCCCAAAGCCCGCCUCGUGAAACCCAGUUCCUCCUCCUCAGGCUCACGGAGCUCACGCUCCGGUUCUUCCUCCACGCGCUCCACAGCAAAUAGUGCCUCACGCAGCCAGCGGACACUGUCGACCGAAGCGGCGCCCCAGCCAGGGCUGGCCACCCAUGCCUACAGCCUAGUGGGGCCGGAGGGGAGGGCUUCGGAACCAAAGAAAGUCCACCACGCUACCCUGACCAAAGCAGAACCACACCCAGCAUGAUCCCCAGCCAGGGCAGAGCCUUCUGAACCAUCUGAAUUACAGUGGACUUGACUCCCAUGCUUUCCUAGGAGUCAGGAUCUUAGGACUCUUCUAGUCACUGAAGCUCAGUCACCAGCCACACGACCCCCUCGAACCAGAUGACAGGCCGUUUCAGUAGCAGUGAGCAUUGCAUGGAACCGAUUCAAAUGAGCACUUUCUUUAUAUGACACCAAACAGGAAAAAGGAUGUAAACUGAUCAUCUCCCAAAAAGCAUCUCAUGGUGCCUUGAGACCAGAGUGGGGAAAAGCGGGGGUCCAAAUCUGUGUGUUUGUUGACCAGGACCUGUGGUGGAAAAGGCUGGGGAAAGGGGAACUGAACACACUUAAAACUUCUCACCUGAGAUGUUUUGUAUCAAUACUUCGGCUCAACGUUGUCAAGAAGAAAUGAGAUGUUGUUCAUAAAUUUUCUAUGCAUUUCUGCAAA